GGAAACAUAAACACAUCGGCCCAUAUGCUGAUUGAGUGAUUAUUGAUAUGUCCAAUAACCCUCCAAAAGCCAUUUAAUCUUCAACUAAUUUUACUCAUUUUCAAUUCUCUCGGCGACAACCUCCACUCCCACCUCCAUGGAUCCUCCACCACCAGCACCACCACUAGCACCACCACUAGCACCACACCUAGCACCGCCUUCAUCAUUAAACGACGGCAUUACAGACACCAUUUCUUAUUCUUCUUCAACAGAAAUCGAAGAAUCUCCAACAGAAUCGGCAAUGGCUCCGCCAAACCCUAAAAUUUCCGUCGCCGAGCUUCCUCCACCUUCUUCCAAUACCACAGAGAAGAAGCCGUCUCAGAACAGUAACAAAGAUAAAAAUCCAGUUUCAAUUCCUUACUCCAUUCCUCCAUGGAGUGAAGCUCCCACUCUUCCUUUCUUCCUGGAGGUUCUCAAGGAUGGCACCAUAAUCGAUCAUCUUGACGUGACGAAGAAAGGUGCAUAUAUGUUUGGGAGGAUUGAUUUGUGCGAUUUCAUUCUAGAGCACCCUACUGUUUCUCGCUUUCAUGCCGUACUCCAGUUUAAGGGAAAUGAUGGGGCAUUUCUCUAUGAUCUUGGAAGCACACAUGGUACAUCUGUUAACAAAAAGCAGGUGAACAAGAAAGACUACGUGAACUUACAUGUGGGCGACGUCAUCCGUUUUGGCCUUUCAACUCGGUUAUACAUAGUCCAAGGUCCAGAAGAACUGAUGCCUCAGGAAGCUGACUUGUCAAACAUAAGGUAUGCUAAAGACCGGGAAGCUUCCCUUCGCAGAGCAAAGGAAGAUGCAGCUCAAGCUGAUGGUAUUCUUUGGGGGAUGAGAGAAGAUGCCAUUGAAGAAGUUGAGGAUGAUUGUGAUGAGAUAACAUGGCAAAAUUACAAAGGAGAACUCACUGAAAAGCAACAAAAGACCCGGGAGAAGGUCUUGAAAAGAAUGGAAAAGAUUGCACACAUGAAAAAAGAGAUGGCUGCAAUCCGUGCUAAAGACAUAGCCCAAGGAGGGUUGACUCAGGGACAACAAACUCAGAUUGCUCGGAAUGAGCAAAGGAUAGUGCAGUUAUUGGAGGAGCUCGAGAGUUUGGAAGAGACUUUAAAUGAUAGUAUUCGAGAAAGUUUAGGUGCACGCACUGGGAGGUCAUCUCGUGGGAAGCUAAAGGGAUUCACCGAAGAUGAGGAUGAGCUUUUGAGUGAUGAUGAUGAUUUUUAUGACCGAACAAAAAAGAAACCUGCUAACAAAUCAGCUGAUACACAAUCCGUUGAGACGGCUGAUUCUCUUUUGGAUAAGAAAGAGGCUCUGCUGAAUGAAAUGGAAGAGAAAAAGAGAUUGCUUCUGGAAGAGAAAACCAAGACUUUGGAGCCUAUGAGUGAGCAAGAUACGGGCGAUGAUGUGCUUGAUGCCUAUAUGUCUGGUCUUUCAUCUCAGCUUGUUCUUGAUAAGACAGUGCAAGUUGAGAAGGAUCUAUCUUCCCUCCAGACAGAAUUGGAUAGGAUAGUUUACCUGCUGAAUAUAGCUGAUCCUACAGGAGAAACUGCUAAGAAACGGGCGACAACACCCAAGGAGCACAGGUCUAAGGAAUCUGCAUCUUCUAGUUCUGCUGUUAAGAAGCCUGAGAAAUCCAAAAUUGAAGAGAAAAACGUCAGACAACCUGAAAAGGCAGUUAGUGGUUCUGUUGCAAAACAAGCAACUCCAGAUGUGAUUGCAGAAGCUACUGAGGCAUCAGAAUCCAAAGAGGACGCUACAGAAAACAAACCAACAACUUACAAAAUUGUAAAACCUCAGUGGCUUGGGGCAGUAGAGGACAGGGAAAGUAAAGAGAGCCAACCAGAGAAACGAUCAGACACUGAUGAGGGUGAUGAGUUUAUUGAUUAUAAAGAGAGGAAGAAGAUUUUGGAAACAGAUUCUCAACCUGAAAAGAAGCCGGAGUCUGAUCUGGAAAGUGCUGCCCCAGGUCUUAUAUUGCGGAAAAAGAAGCCAGCUGAAGUGAGGGAGGAUCAAAAGUCAAACCCAUCAAUAUCUGAACCUGCAGGAUCUGACAUGGAUGUGGAAAAUGCUGUUGCCCUAUUGUUAAAACAUAAGCGAGGAAUCUAUACAGGGGAGGAAGAAGUAGAUCUCAGAAGCCAUGGUAGGAGAGAUCAGAAGCAAUCUGGGAAAGAUAAUAAGAGGGCUAGAAAGGUUCUUGGCCCUGAAAAACCCGCUUUCCUUGAGCCACAUCCAGAGUCAGACUUCGAAAAAUGGGUUCCUCCAGAAGGACAAUCAGGUGAUGGUCGAACAUCUCUGAAUGAUCGUCUUGGCUACUGACGGAAACUGUACAUGUGCACAAUUCAGUACCAGUUUAAGCACAACAGCACCCUGGAGAAACUAGACUUCUUUUAUCAGAUGAUCGAGGAUUUUGACCUCGCUACCAUUUUCAUACAGUCUGGCCUAUGUCGAGGUUCUCCCUUCCAGAUCAGGAGACAAUCCACUAAAUUUUUUAUGCAUCACUUAGUUGUGAGCUCCUGAUGGCAGAUACGAAGUAUAUCUCCAUUUUCUCCCACUUGGCUAAGAACAUGGAACGAUUCCCGCCAGUAAACCUCAAAGCUCUUUAACAAACAGAGAUAGGUGAAAGAAGCUGAGUUUGCUGCAACUAAGUUAAUUUUUGAGUCCCCUAACUUUCGCGUUGUGUGAGCAAGAUGGAAAUGAUGAGGGGGUGUACAGACUACAGCCUACAGUGUAUUUCUUGUAAUCAGAACUUUACUACUUAUGAAUAUAUUUUGCCUUAAUUAAAAACCCAAUGUACUGUUUUUCCCUGUUUUCCAAUCUAAUCUCUGUUUGCUGUUUACAUAGCUUAA